AUGCAUUGGAACCAUGAUAAAAGAACAAAGUGCAAGCCAUCUUUCCAAAUUGCCAUUCUUCUGGCAAUUUGGUCCUUGGUACCUUGUCAAUCGGUGCUGUCAAGUGGAGAGAUUUCGCCCGGUGAUGAAGACGGAGCGAUCAGGGAAGAUACUGGAGAAAUCGAGGUCGAUGAUAUCGAGAAGGAUUCUGGUGAUGAUGACAUCGGUGGUGGCGUCGUAGAGGAGGAAAGCGAGGAGAGGAUACGACUAUUCCAGUACGACCCGGUUGAAGUGAAAAUUCCGAAAUUCCUAACUCCGGAGGAAUGUGAAAGACUAAAAGAGCUAGCGCUGGAUGCAGGUCUUUCCAGCAGUAGAACCUUGGGGUUGUCAUUAAACCUCACCGGUAUUGAUGAAUCCAAGGUCACUUUUAAUAAAACAGAAUGGAUUCCGAAACUGACCAAGUGUGAUAAUGAUACCGACGGAAAACUAGACUUCACCGAAGUGCUACAGUGUCUCCCUGGGCUCGAGGAAGGGGAAACAGUUCCCCCUGAUAUGUUACAAAUCCUAUACCUGCGGGUUAAGUUGGACUUGGACAGUAAUGGGUUCAUCGACGCACGGGAGCUAUGGCUAAUGAACCUUGAGAACAAAACGAUUGAGAUCAAGGAGUGGCUCUCCCAGUGGCGACGAGGAAAUGUGUCCGAAGUUAAAGGAAAGGGGCGGACUCGAAUCAGCGAGCAGGCUUGGGUUGAUUGGGCGGACUCUGCAGAGCCCAUCGUAAUGAAUCUACGGGAAAGGGUACUGGCGCUGACAAAUCUUGAUCGUAAUAUUGUAUUUUCGAGCGAAGAUCUUCAGGUAGUUAGGUAUCACCCUGGUGGUCGCUUUCAUGCUCAUCUGGAUAGUCAGCGUAGUAGAGAAGAUCAACAAUGUAUUCACACUUUUAAGCCUAAAAUAAAGCAGGAACCUAGGAUUUGCAGAUUUAUGACCAUUUUGUAUUAUCUCCAAGACCCGGAAAGUGGGGGUGAAACAGCGUUCCCUUUGGCCGAGUUUGAAAACAUUUCUAAAGAAUACAAGAAGAGCUUGGGUUAUAACUACCGCGACUUGAGCCGCAACUGUUAUAAAAAUCUCUACGUCACACCAGAAUACGGGAAGGCGAUCAUGUGGUAUAACCAUCAUAUCGAUGAAGAAACAGGUUGGAUGUCCUCUGUAAAUGAACACGCCCUUCAUGGAGGUUGUGACGUCACAAAGGGGACAAAGUGGAUCGCAAACAAUUGGAUCACCGUCGAUGAUGACUAUGAAAGACAAAUGGAAUUUCAUGCUCAAAUAUUUCAACCAAGGAAAGAUGGCGAAAUAGCAGAGUCAGGAAACGAAACGAAUGAUGAAGAAAAUAAUACAGUUGCAGGAAAAGUGGAAGGAGAUACAGAGUCAAAUGACGACAUUUCAGAUCAGAAUAACGACAAUGAAAGCUCUAAGGAAGAAAGAAGCACGCCCGCUACAGGCAGGUCUGAGAGAGAUGGCCUUUCUCAAGAACACGUUGAAUUAUGAUUUCAUUUGUCAAGUUAUGUCAAUUACAAUAAGUUGAUUACACUCUAAAGUGGAACACAUGAUCGCCCAAGUACCACAAAAUUUAUGAUAUCCUCAAAAUCAAACUCCAGCUCGAAAUCAUUUAAAUGUAGAGGGCGUAAUACAUUAAACAUAACACUUGUAUAGGCUUGUGGAAUAGAUGCAAUAUGAAAGGAAGGAAACUUUUUUUUUAAUGUAGUGUUGAACAUGGCAGGCCUCUACUCCUUUUCCUGAUAAGAGACUUCACACUUUUUAAGAAAUUUGCCGUAAGAAACGGUGUUGCCUGCUU